CUGCCCGGCACCAAGAUGGCGGCGCGGUGGGAGGGGGGCGGUGUUGGGGUGAGGGGGGCGCUCUGCCCGGCACCAAGAUGGCGGCGGGAGGGCGGAAGGCGGCGUCAGCGCGGAAGCAGGGCGCGCAGUGACGCCAUCACGCAGCGCCGCCGGGAAGGCGCCGCGUGGAGGAUGGAGCGGGACGGGGCGGCGGCGGCGGCGGCGGGGCCCGGGGGGGAGGCCCCGAGCUCGGCCCCAGCGCCCGGCCCGGCCCCGCGGCGCCGCAAGGCCGCCAAGAAGCGGCAGGAGGCGGCGGGGCCCGCGAUUCCCCGGGGCAAGCCCAAAUCGGGGCGGGUGUGGAAGGAGCCGGGCAGGAAGAGGUUCUCGCUGAUGGUCCGGGACAAGCCCCUGCGCGCCUCGUGGGAGCGCAAGCUGAAGGAGCGGCAGGAGAGGAGGCAGGUCCGGGAGCUGGCGCGGCAGCUGCAGGAGGGCAAGCAGCGGCAGCGAGAGGAGAAGAAGCGGCGGCGGGAGGAGAACCUGAAGCGGCGCCUGGAGAACGAGCGGAAGGCGGAAAUUGUCCAAGUGAUCCGGAACCCGACAAAGCUCAAGCGGGCGAAGAAGAAGCAGCUGCGGCGGGUGGAGAAGCGGGACACGCUGGCUGCACUGCAGAAGGCGCCUGUGCAGCACAAAGCAGCCACAGAGUGAGGCCAGGACACUGGGCAGCCGGGGCUCUGCGGGUCCCGCAUCUCUCUGGGGCCUCGGUGACGGACAGACAGCAGGACAGAGCUGGGGGGGUCACGCAGGGCUGUGACCUGCAGGAUCCAGCUGCUGCAUCCCCCUGCCUUGUGAAGCCCCAGGGUGUUGCUGGUGCCUGGGGAUGGACGGAGAACUGCUUCAGCUGCCCAAAUUUGCCUUUUCUGUAUAAAAACAAAGAGGAACUGCUUUGG